CAGCCUUUCCAACAGCCCAUAAGCCAUAACAAUUUUAUCAUCUUCUUCACCUCAUUCAUGUCUCAGCUCUGACUCUUCCAUCCAUGAAGUUGGUCAAAGCCAUGAAAAAGCUCAAAUUCUGGUCAAGGAAAAGGCACAAGAAGAACCAUGCCCUGAUAGAGCCUCCUUUACCACCACCCUGUCACUGCCGCCACACGUCCCCCGAGUUCCAGCCCUCCGCCCCGCCGCUGCCGCUGUGGUUCCACCCCAACUAUGCCCAAAAUUCCCUCUCAGAAUCGCCCUUUGGUCCGCAUUCAGGGAUGCCCAGUUCAAGUCAAGCUGAAUUCAUCCCACAACAAAUUGUUCCUGAAUUCAACUCACUGCAGAUUCCAGCCCCUCCUGCCGGUAACGCCACCUCUUAUCAACAGUACACGGCCCCAAAUCCAGUGUAUGGCGUGCCUGUGAUGCCGGCGGUUAGGAGGAAGAGAGCGGCUGGAGUCCUCGGCUGCAUCGUCAACUUUGGCAGGCAUCUGAUCCGCUGGUUCUGUCCAUGUUUCCAUGUCCGUGAAGUGGAUUGAAAUUGGAUAUGGCAAAUUAUCAUUGUUAGAAUGACCCUCCAAUAGUUUUCAAAUCCAAUAAUGUUGUGAAGCUUGUGCCUCAAAGCUGGUAACUUUGAAAUGCAAGUCUCGGCAAGAUAUUUGCAACCAUACUUCCCCUCUUCAGGAACAUAUAAGAAAUGGAACAUGGUUAUUCCAAUCCCAGGGUUGGUUUUGUAUUUUCUCAUCACUUGACAUGAAUUGGGAAUUGUAAAUCAUCAAACAACAACCAUAGAAAAGUUCCUUAUGAUAGUAACAUACAAUACAUCCGUAUAAAGUAUUUGGCAAGCUAAAAAACAAGGGAAAAAGAGAAUGUUAUUUGUGGAGUUGUAAGGGUAGCAAAACAAUAGGAAGCUUGAGGUGAAUUUUGUAGGCAACAUAACAUAUUACUGCAACCUGCAAGUGUGCCAGCAACAUGGAUAUGGUUAGCUAUACAACCUUCAUCUGUAUUUAAUUGCUACAGUCCCUAAGUUAAUUCUCUGGCCAUCUCCUUUGCCUGCACAGAACAGACAUUAUCAAGAGGAUCCUUAUCCCAUUUGAAGGCAACCCCUUCCCUUGUUAUCAAAGUGAGUGCAGACAUCUUCAAAGACCAAGCAGUAACAUUCCACGACAUCUUCAUAUAAUU